AUGGGAAUAUUCCGGUGUCCUUUGAUCAGGUUCAGUCAGCGGCGGGCCAGACAGCGCCGGCUGCCGGAAGAGACGUCGCCGCGAUCGCCGCCUGAAGGCACAUCGAAACCGCUGCACGACGGCGCGACAGUCGUCCCGGCGGUUCUCUCGUCGCCCUUACCGCAGACGCCGGCCGCCCGCACUACCAUCCGCACUACCAUCCGCACCACGACCCACAACGCCGCCGCAUCUUUCGCACGCAAAUUACCGACGUCGGGAGAAACAGGCACAGAACUGACGGUCCGGGAGCUGGAAGAGAUGGCGUGCCGGCAACAGCAUCAGAUCGAGUCGCAGCGGCAGUUGUUGGCUGCCAAAGAGCAGCGACUCCGCUACCUGAAACAGCACGAUGCCAAGCACCAUCAGGUGGCGGCGGAGCACGAUAGGCUCCGCCGGCUCCGGGAUCGGGUCGAGGCUCAGGAACAAAAGCUCCGUAAGCUCCGGGCGCUCAGAGGUCAAGUGGACCAGACUAAACUCAACAACGCCACACUCACUUCUGACCUGGAAUCGAUCCGUGCCUUAUUUAAUGAAAAAGAAAAAGAGCUAACAAUGGCUGUGGCUAAAGUGGAUGAACUAACUAGACAACUAGAAGACGUCCAUAAAGGACGUGGUCAUGCACAGCCCACAUCUCCGGCCUCCAUAGAACUCGACAAACUACGAGCCGAGUUAUUAUACCGGAAUAAAUUGGGUGAACAGCAAACUGCCAGGCUGGUACAACAACGUGAGGUUCUGUCCAAAAGACAAGAGGAAAUGGCAUCCAUUGACCGGCGAAUAUCGGAACUACAAGCUAGGUUACACAGGAAGAGACUGCUCAACCAACAGUUGGCCAAUCAAAUCCAGGCUAACAAACCAGGCCAAAAUAACAGAUCUCUGGGCGGCCCGGGUAAACAAAUGAUGCCGUUGUGCGAUGGGAAAAUGAACGGUGGAGGUGGAAAUGUUGCAGCCAUCGAGCCGUUUAACCACAUACCAGACGCAAUGAGCAAGAAUUCAAUGUUACGCAAGUCCGAAGAUAACAUCCUUAGCCACGCGACGGUCGACGGUGACCCACAGUCGUAUGGUGGACGGUCCGCCAGGCCUGAGCUAAAGUCUCUGUCUCAGCAGCCUUUGGUCCAGAAACCUAUGGUGGACCCAUACCAACAACAUUACCAGUCAUCAAAUAACAACUACAAAAUUGAACAACAGAGUAACGGUAACCCAGGUGACCUCGCGUAUUUCGGUGGUAGCAAGUUUGACCCUAAAUACCAGACACUACCCUACAAUACCAAAUUUUCACCAUUGGCAAACUACAGUGGAAACCAACCGGCGCUCCAGCACCAUCAACAUCAGCAGCAACAACAACUACAACAUCAUCAUCAUCAGCAGCAGCAGCAGCAACAACAACAGAACCAGCAUCAACAGUGGUUCGGUCAGCAUGACGACAUGUCCGAGGACAUUAAUAGAGACCUAGUCAAUAACAAUUACGGAGCCGAUCAAAAACUUAACGGAACGGCCCAAAGUAAAAAGUCAGUUUUGGCUGGCCAAGUUCUGACAAACCUGGGACAAAAUUUACAAAUGCAGAGUUCCAGUAGACCUAUCAACGCUCAAGUGUAUCACACGAAACCACUUUCAUCGUCUAAUCAUGCUUCCCAAAGGCCUUUAAACUAUUCGGUACACCACCCUCCGGUUCUAGUGACUAGAAGCCAACCAGUCGGUGGAACUGGGAUAAUAAAUCAUCAGAAACCCACGAGCAGCGUGUCGCCCAUUUAUCAGACGUCUUCGACCAAAGUACAGCCGGUUCAGCCUCAAGUGUUAAAUUCCGUUGCGGCGAACCAAGUAGUACCUAAAGAAUCAAUACAACCAAUUAGGUUAGGGACGGUGGUUGCUGCGGAGUCUGAACAACCGGUCGGCGUGGAGCGGGCCGGCAGUCCUCCGACCGUUGGAAAACCGGCGUUACCCCCCAAACCUCCUCCGCCACUGGUCAAGACUUGUACGCCACCACCGCCGCCAAGGCAAAACGCUUACCACCACCACAUACCUCAGUAUAACCAGCCGGAUCCAUCUUUGGAAGACGGGGGCCUAGGAGGAGCUGGUAGUGGUCGUGCGUACUACACCGACUGCAGACCAGCCCCACUUCAAAAAGACUUGACGCCUCCCCCGCCGCGGAUACCCAACGGUGGAAUUACUGGAGCCCCGGUCAAGUCUGGCUUUGGUAACUUGGUGGAUUCGUCCGAGUCCGACAACUCAUCGAGUUCGGCGUCCAUGCGAUGUACGAUCGGUAGUAACGCCAAAAGUGGCGAACAUUUGUUGGACAGUGUGAGAUCUGUGAACAUAUCAACGACCAAAGGGACGCCUCCCCCUCCACCACCCCCACCUCAACCCCAGCCACAGGAGUCGUCUGCUACCACAGCCACAUCUCCAACUGAACCCGUGGGAGUCAAAGAUCAGCAACAGCUGCAGCCACCACCCCAAGAAGCAAAACUCCCCUCUAGACUGCCAUCACUUUUGCUCAGCCGAACCACUUCUUAUCCGGUGACGGAUAUCGUCGGAAGCGAGAGUAAAGUCAACAACAACAACAACAACAAUAACAACCUCCAUCACCAUCUCCUUCACCAUAAUCAUAAUAACAUCAACAAUAACCACCAGCAAUUGCAACACCGGAUAUCCGUCGCACCACCUCAACAGCAGCAGCAACCGGCACAGGCUCCAUCUGCCAUCGCCACUUCCACUAUUUCCACCACAUCGACCGUCAGACAACUAGAUCCUCAAGCUGCGGCGGUUGAUGAAACAGACAGAGCGCGGGCAGUUAGUGUGGCCCAGCGCAUUGACGAACUGGAGACACGUUUUGGUGGUGGAGGCAGUAGUAUAGGGGUCGUCGGAUGUGGUGGGUCUUCGUCCACUGACGAUAACAGCACCAGCAACCACAGCUCUUCAUCGCCGGACUCUGGCCAAGACUCAGGCAGAGACGACAUAUCCGUGGAAUGCAGAAACAGGUUGGUGGUGCGGAAAAAAGGCAACCUCAAGGAGUCGGGCGGUAGCAUCGGUCACAAGCGACGUGUAUCGUUCGAUCCGCUCGCAUUGCUGUUGGAUGCCUCGUUGGAGGGCGAACUCGAGCUGGUUAUGCGAACCGCUGAACAAGUGGGAGAUCCGAGCGCGGCUAAUGAUGAAGGAAUAACUGCGCUACACAAUGCCAUAUGCGCCGGCCAUAUAGACAUUGUUAAGUUCUUAGUUAAGUUUGGCUGUGAUGUAAAUGCUCAAGACUCCGAUGGAUGGACGCCAUUACACUGUGCCGCCAGCUGUAACAACCUCGCCAUGGUCCGAUUUCUGGUGGAGCACGGGGCGUGCAUAUUCGCCACCACGUUGUCAGACCAGGAGACGGCCGCCGAAAAGUGCGAGGAGGACGAAGAGGGUUUUGACGGAUGUUCAGAGUUUCUUUACAGCGUUCAAGAGAAGUUAGGUAUAAUGAACAAUGGUGCGGUGUACUCAGUUUUCGGUUACGAGGCGCACAACCAGGACGAGUUGACUUUCGACGACGGCGACAGGAUCGUCGUUCUACGGAAGGGUGACGACACCGAACGAGAAUGGUGGUGGUCGAGGAUUGACGACCGCGAAGGAUACGUGCCACGGAAUUUGCUUGGGCUUUACCCGAGAGUGAUCGGUGGCAAAAAAUCGGUGACCGAAUGA